CCGUGAUUCCUUGCGCGUUGGAGUUCAGAUCAAGGAUUUCUGAUCGGUCGUCGUAGUUUGAGGAGGUGAAAAAAAGUGUGGAGGUGCUUUUAUUCGAUAUUCUUUAUGAGAUCUUACAUUUAACGGUUGGCUCCUGAAUUUCUUUCGCAGCCAUGUCAGCCGCAACUACACAUAAAUAUCGUUACAAAAAUGUGGGCUUGGACUCACAAGAAUUAAGACGGCGUAGAGAAGAAGAAGGCGUUCAAUUAAGAAAACAGAAAAGAGAACAACAGUUAUCGAAGAGGCGCAAUGUUCCUAACAUAGUUACUGUUGAUGAUGAUAUUGUUACGACAAAUGAAUCUGCUUUUGCUGCACCACAAUCAAAAACCGCCAUUAUGGUACUUGAAAUGGUGCAAGAAUUGUAUAGUCCUAAUCCUGAAGAUCAAUUGGCUGCUACACAAAAAUUUAGAAAAAUGUUGUCUAGAGAACCAAAUCCACCGAUAGACGAAGUUGUAAAAACUGGAAUUGUACCUAAAUUUGUUGAAUUCUUGCAGAAUAAUGCAAACUGUACGCUACAGUUUGAAGCUGCUUGGGCUCUAACAAAUAUAGCGAGUGGAACGUCUCAACAAACACGUGUGGUAGUGGAUGCGGGAGCUGUACCUAUCUUCAUAUCAUUACUUGGUUCUGAAUAUGAAGAUGUACAAGAACAAGCAGUUUGGGCAUUGGGUAAUAUUGCAGGAGAUAGCGCUGAGUGUAGAGAUCACGUAUUAGACAAUGGAAUCCUCACACCUCUUCUGCAAUUACUUUCUAAAGCAACACGUUUAUCAAUGACACGUAAUGCAGUGUGGGCAUUAUCGAAUCUUUGUCGAGGCAAGAGUCCACCACCAGAAUUCACGAAAGUCGCGCCGUGUUUACCAGUUUUAGCUCAUUUUCUUAAUCAUACUGAUAGUGAUGUUCUAGCAGAUGCUUGUUGGGCUCUUUCCUACUUAAGCGAUGGACCGAAUGAAAAAAUUCAAGCAGUUAUCGAUGCAGGUGUCUGUAGACGUUUGGUAGAGUUACUCAUGCAUCAGCAGGAAAAUGUAAUCAGCGCCGCGCUUCGAGCAGUGGGUAAUAUAGUUACAGGGGACGACGUACAAACACAAAUCGUUCUUAAUUGUUCUGCGUUGCAAUGUUUGUAUCAUCUAUUGAAUUUGUCACUAGAAAGUAUUCGCAAAGAAGCUUGUUGGACAAUCUCUAAUAUUACAGCAGGAAAUCCUCAGCAAAUUCAAGCUGUCAUCGAUGCCGGUAUAUUUCCCGUCCUAAUUGAUAUUUUAGCGAAAGCUGAAUUCAAGAUUCGAAAAGAAGCCGCAUGGGCAAUUACCAAUGCUACAAGUGGUGGUGCACCUGAACAAAUACGUUAUAUUGUUGUUGAAGGAUGUAUUCCGCCGUUGUGCAAUUUGUUAACGGUAAUGGAUCCUAAGAUCGUUCAAGUUGCAUUAAGCGGAUUGGAAAAUAUCUUACGUGUAGGAGAACAAGAUGCUGCCACGAAUAAUGGUAUCAACCAUUACGCGGUGCAAAUUGAGGAAUGUUUCGGCCUAAAUAAAAUAGAAUUUUUGCAAUCUCAUCAAAAUGUAGAAAUCUAUCAGAAGGCCUUCGACAUAAUUGAACGAUAUUUUGGAUCUGAAGAAGAAGAUACGCGAGUCGUACCAACUAUUGACGCGCAAGGACAACAGUUUCAAUUUAGAGCGCCCGAUUCAUCUCAGCUACCGGUCGAGGGUUUUGAGUUUUAAUCGACUAGUUUUAAUGAGACCUCCGAUUGUAUCAACUGAUUCAACCUUGUUUCGUUCGUUGUGUUUACAACUAUUUUUCCUGCAAGGGACAUUUCCAAAAUGGAAGAAAAAAGUUCAGUCAGAUACAAAACAGUGGUAUAAUUACUACGUAUAUUUUGAAUUUGUUUGUAUCGAUCAGAAUAUCAGUAAAAACAAAUCUCGAAAUGAUCAGUUUUUUGCUCGACGAUAAAGAUGAGUAAAAUGUUUAUACGCAGUUAUUUUAAGUGGUUUUCUCUUAUUAUUUUAGCUACACCAUAUGCAUCGUUCUAAGUUUACUACAAAAAUGCGAUUGUGUUUAUUACGAACCUAUGUCGAAUUGUGACAAUUCUUUUAACUGUUAAGCUUUGAGGCAAUUCAGAUAGAUUCGUAUUUUCGACCUCAUAACAUAAACCAUAUUUAGUAUGAAACGUUUAGUUUAUUGGAAUUAACAAAGUAAACAUCUUAGUGCUUAAGUAGAAACAAAUAAUUACGGAAACAAUGAUCAGGACAAUUUACUACUGAAGUAAUAUACUUCAAACGACGUACGACUGACUCAGAAUUACGAAAAACUUGCACAACUGGCAAGACAUUAAUGACUGAAGUACGCGACUACGUAGCCAACACGGACAACUUUAUGCAACGCGUUACUCACAUCCUUACUACACUAGGUAGGAAACAUGACCAAUUAAACUUUUUUACUGUAAAUACGUAUCUUGUAAUUUUAAGGCCAUUUUAUACAGAAUGUCCUUAAAAUAAGAAGUAACAUUUAUGUCAGAUUAAUGUGAUUUCUAUUCUUUGAAAAUACAUUAUAUAUAAAUGCAUAUCUAAUAUUUUACUGAAUCUUGACAUAUAGAUAUUACCAAAAUAUUUUGAUCACUAUAAAUUAUAGAAUAAUUUUAGUAUAUUUCUUCUAAAUUUAGAAGCUUCGAAAUUGUGAAUGUACAUAAUUAUGUUUAAACUUCUUAUUUUGCUAUUUAAGUUUUCCAUAUUUAAGAAUUUAAUUUUUUAAUAUUGAAAUUAUAGUGAUAAAUAUUUUAAAAAUAUAUUCAUAUUUUCUUAUAACAAGAGAAUAAAUUUUUCGUACAUAUCGUAAAAAAAUCGCCCGUAGUCGCGAUCUUAUUAAAUUUUGGACAUUCUGUAUAAAAGGUCUGCGACUGUAUAAAAUGUAUUUAUUAUUUAGGUUUGACGGUACCAUGCUAUAUUAUGCAAGAUAUAUAAAUAUAUAUAAAUAUAUAUAUAUUAACUACUUUUAGUUACGGACUUAUUACGACAGAGGAGGACUGUAUUAUAAGCAACUCGUAAAUGAUCAUUUUGCUAACACGAUAUUUUAGCAAGGUGCAUUACGAGCAUUUGUUGCCAAUUUAUAAAAUGCAUAUUAAAUAGGAUAUAAGCAUAUUGAGAAAAGAAUUUUGCCAUCUUACGUUACGCACGCUAUUCUUAAAUGAACAGUGAUAAAAAUAUUUUAAAAUAUUACUAUUAAAGAAAUUAUAUGCAAAUGCUUGUUUCUACAGGUCAUUCGGUUUCUUUGAUCUUCCUCAAAUAUAUAUAUAUAUAAACGUAUCACUUAUGUAAGCUAUUAAAUUUUGAUACGAAGUAAUUAUUAUAUUUUAUAACUUAUUUCAGCAAUACAUUCAAUAAGGAAAAGUACGUGGGGAAAAAUUUUUUUGCAUGAGUUUGCAAACAUAUAUUACAUGUUUUUCCUAUAUAACUAAAAAUAAAAAGAAAGAUUGUUUUUCUACCAAUGCGAUUCCAUUUGUGGUACAGCAUAGAAGAAACGCAUUGUAAAUUGGCAAUUAAAGACGUUAACAAUACGUGGACGAGGACCGACAUGUUACACUAUUAAGAUACAAUCACAUGUAUGAAGUAAAUCUAUUCAUUGUACUUUACUUUAAAGCUGUAUAAACAUGUCAUUCAAGAGCAUAACUGAAAUCAUGCCAGAGGCAUCGAUUUUGUUGUUAUAUUUUUUGAAAAUUUGUAGAAACCGCCAAAUCCAUUGGAAAUCUUUAUCUGAGAAUGUUGAUUUUCUGUACUGUCAUUUGACGUAAUAAAAUAAAGUUGAAUAUUAAUAUA